AUGGAGCUGAAAGACAUCAAAAAGAUAUUGUUGGGCUUCAAUGAGAAAUUGGAGGUUAUCAAAAGGCAAGAAGAAAUAAAUGUGCAACAAGAAGAAAUUUCUCUUCAUGCCCAUCUUCAUGGGCAAGAGGUGGAGGCACAAUUGAAGCAACAAGAUGACAAGCAAGGAAGAGAUGAAAAUGAGGUUUCCACAAUUUGGUUUGAUGGGGUGCCUUUAUUUGUUGAAGAGAAUGAAGAUGAUAUGGCUGGGAUAACACAAGAUUUGGGAUGGAUGGAGGAGGUCCAGUAUUGUGGUCAGUUGAUGGUUUGUGAGAGUCGAUAUGAAGGGGAAUCUUUGGCUCAUGAGGUAGCCUCUUUUUGCUCAAACUUGGUGACUGAACCAACACCUUGUAAACAAGGGUAUUAUGAACAAGAUGAGGAAAAGAUAACUAUGGUACAUGUUGAAUUGGCCACACCGGUAAUAACCAAAAAGAUUAGGAAAGAGGUUGAGGAAUUUUCUAUUGCACAAGGCUUCACAAAGGAGCUGAUUGAUGAAGCAAAAACUAGAUUUGAAGCAAGGAAGGCAGGAACCUCUAGUGCACCCACCAGUAGAAAAACUAGAAGUGAAAAUGUCAAGAAGGAGAAGCCCCCUCCUCCUCCAAAGAUACAAAUCAAGAGAAAAGAAAAACAAGAUGAGCCUCAAGAAUCUAAAGCUACAGGAAAAAAAAAAGAACAAGCACAAAGAUUCUUUAAGGCUGUAGCAGAGGAAGAAGUAGAGGAAACCGAAUCAGAAGGAGAGGAACCGGAGAUGAUGGAUUCUUUUGAGGAAGAACAACUCUCUGAAGCACCGAUAAUUGAAGGUGAACUAUCGGAUGUGUUUGUGAUUGAUCAGAUAGAGAUAGAAUCGAAAGAUGAUACUACAUCUGUUCCUACUGUCACAGUAGAAGAACCAGUGAUACCAAAAGUUAUUCUGACUAGUAAAGAUGAAGAGAAGAUAGAGACACAAGAGAAUGCACAAAUAGAUGAUGUGAAAAACACAAAGCCAUCAAAAAAAGAUGAAGAAAUGCAGAAAGACACAUAG